AGAUGAAGACUUAUUCGACAAACCAGUGAAGCAAGCGUGUUCCAAAACGUUGAGUCGCGCUGAAUGCACCCUUGUUUACAUUCGCGGCUGCCCACUUGCUCCGUAGACUAGUAAACGACGCUUACGGGCACUCAGUACCGUGAAUUCUGCUGUCAACUUCCACAGACUAGAGACCAAACAUUACACAAAACAGACCACACCCUCUCUGAUAAUAAGUACAAUUUUCCUCUGCAACAGCCAGUCAGCUAUAGCCCUAUAUACGGAUACUGUAGAUCGGAAUGGCCACCAAGUCCAGCGCUCUUGAGGAGCUACACAACGAACUCACGUGUCCGGUGUGUCUGGAGCUCUUCCGUGAGCCGGUGAUCCUCGAGUGCGGGCACCACUUCUGCCGCAUGUGCAUUACGCAGUGCUGGGAGGCAAAGUCCGAUGAGCACCCGACCUGUCCACAGUGCCGGGAGACUUGCCAUCGAAACGUGCGCCCUAACUUGCUUUUAUGUAACGUCGUGGAUAGCUUGAGGCGAGACCGAUCGAUGGAUAGAAAACCCGGGGAACCGUUGUGGUCGCCGGCUACGGAAGAACGUCAACGCGGGGCCAGUAUGCCAAAUUCGUGCUUUGGUUUUACCGGUUAUUCUUUGCGCCACGAGCCAGACCUGUGCGAAGAGCACGAGGAGAAGCUGAAGCUGUACUGCGAUGAUGACCAGAUUGCGAUCUGCCUGGUGUGCGGGAUGUCCCGAGACCAUAAGACACACAAUGUCACCCCUAUCAACGAAGCCUUCGAGAACUACAAGGACAAGCUGUCCUUGGCUCUGGAGAGAGUCAAGUUGCAGACUGAACAGGCUUCUCUCUGUCAGGUCCAGAUCAAUAACAAGAUCUUGCUCAUUGAGGAGCAGUCAGCACACAUGGAGAAGCAGGUGAGUGCAGAGUUUGGAUGUCUGAGGGGUUUCCUUCUCCAGGAAGAGGAGAGGGCGAAGGAGAGACUGCAGAGACAGAAGGAGGAGAGGCUCAUCCGAUUGGCAGAGGCCCUCACACAAACCACUGAGCGGAUCAGCCAAUUGGAGAAUACUGCUGACCAGCUCCGCAUCAAACUCAGGGAGGACGAGGACCCAGCACAGCUCAAGGGAAUCAAGGACUUUAUUGAAGGAUUGGAAAGUGUAUUUGAGCGCCCCCCAGAAGUGUGUGUGGAACUACAGGAGGGGGAGUGUCUGGGACCAUUGCAGUACUGCGCCUGGAGGAGAAUGUACUCCGUACUUCAGCCAGGUGUAACAGCAGUGGCCCUGGACCCCGACACGGCCUACCCCAGACUGUGGGUGUCUCCCUGCCGUACCCAGGUCAGUGUCGGGGACAUCCAGCCCAACCUGCCCAACAACCCGGAGCGUUUCACCCGCUACAACAUCGUCCUGGGGAGCCGGGCCUUCACCUCGGGCCGGCACUACUGGGAGGUAGAGGUGGGCUCCAAGACGGCCUGGGGGCUCGGGGUGGCGGCCGCCUCGGUCAACAGGAAGGAGGAGGUCAGCCUGUGUCCCGACGACGGCUUCUGGACCCUGGUGAUGAGGGAGGGGCGUGACGGGAGCGAGUACGAGGCUUGCACCGAUCAGGAGGAGAGCCUGCUGCAUCCUGGCCGUCCCCCCAGGAGGGUGGGGGUGUACCUGGACUAUGAGGGGGGCGUGGUGGCCUUCUACGACACGGCGGACAUGAGUCACCUGUUCACGUUCUCCAACGCCAUGUUCACAGAGCCAGUGUUGCCCUACUUCAACCCCUGGCCAAUAAUUAACGGCAAAAACCGUCAGCCCCUGAUUAUAGUCACCCCGGACGACGGAAGGAUUGGUGAACGGUGAAAGGGGCAUUGCCGCUAACAAAGAGAUAUUGUUUGUUUCAAUACGACACUACAAUUGAAACACACUGACCUUUUUUCCUGUUAAUAAUGCCCUUUUUGUGGAAGAGCUGUUUGAUAGAAAAUUCUGGUAUUUUCAGGCUCUCCAAUGGUAUGGACCUUUCCGUUGCAAGGAUGAAAUGUCCCACACAAGCAACACGCGCUCAUCGGUCAAAAUGUCUUUUAGAGUCUCUUCCGGGUGUCGGGGUGAGACUGCAGCGCCCCUACUUCUCCAGCUAUGCAGCGCCCCUACUUCUCCAGCUAUGCAGCGCCCCUACUUCUCCAGCUAUGCAGCGCCCCUACUUCUCCAGCUAUGCAGCGCCCCUACUUCCCCAGCUUCGCAGCACCCCUACUUCCCCAGCUAUGUAGCCAAGUGACCUGGAGUACAGCGAGAAGAGUAGAGGACCCAGAAACAAGCCUUGGGAGACGCCAGUAGUGAGAGCCCCCGUGGCAGACUCAGACUCAGAGUCACCCCCCAGCCCUGAGAGGGUGGAGAGGAGGAUCUGAUUCCUGGUGUUAAAGACAGCAGAUUUUUGUGGUUGAGAACUGAGGAGACAGCUUGGGCAAUGCGAGGAGCCUUUGUGACCCAGAGCAUACUCAGUUGAGUGACCUGUCUUGUAGCCUGACUAUUUGAGGGCUAUCAUCUCUCUAACAAAGUAAUUAAUGAUGAAAGUGCGCCCAGUUCAGACCUGGUGCCUGUCAGAUCUGUAAGUAGAUAUUAUCACUCCAGGGCUAAUCAGCAGUAACACAAGCUUUUCGUUUUACAUUACUCUUUAUCCAUCCAUCCAUCCGUCACCUCCCUCUCUUCUUUCUUUGCCCGUCUCUCUUCUCCCCGCUCUCCUUUUCUGUGUGGUGGAGGGGGAGCUUUUGUUUGUAGAUGUAGUUACAGUCAUGUGAAAAAGUAAGUACAUACCUUGGAAAGUUGUCUGUUUUUUUUUUUUACAUAAUUGGAUGUAUGGAUAUGCAGUCUCCACUUCAACGUUUUGCCAGAUAAAGGUAAACCAAUUUAAAGGUAAACUGAAUUUAUAGAUUGUCCUGUGCCAUUGGUCUGGAAUGUUUUCUCCAUUUCUAGAUUAUCCCUCAGGCAGUGGACACUUUUGGAAAUGUGUCUGAAACCGUUCCUUGACUGAUUGGCGUCAAUAGUCUUUCUUCUGAGGCCCUCUGAGAGGUCUUUCGAUCUUGGCAUGCAUUAUAUCCACACACACAUUUGGUUAAGACCAAACCAGAACAGGUUUCGAAUCUUUAUGGAAGGCUGAACACGUCCACAUUACUCUCAUGAUUUUCUAAUUAUUUGCACCUAUUAUUUUAGCUAUUUAAAGUCGGGGAAAAAUAGGACUGUACUAACUUUUUCCAGAUAAGGGAAAUGCAUUUGUGUUUAUUUCUAUUGUGUGAAUGGUUUCAAAGUGAAUUUAUUUUGUGAUUUGUUAAAUAGAUUCACCCUUAUGAAUGAAUGUGUUUGAGUUUAGCACAGAUUACCAUGUGUCAAUAAAAAAACAAAAACAUGUGUUGUAUCAUCUGACUGUAGUUGUACAUGUGUUAAAGUAAAAAUGUUGUAUAAUUUUUAUUUAUUUUGGUGAUUUCAUUUAUCGUCUAGUUAAUUUGUGUUGAUUUCUGAAAUGACACCGUUUGCCAAUUGUAU